CCUAUGAAAGAAGAUAGGAUGCGUGUUUAUAAGUUUCUUCGUUGAUGGAAACAAAACAUUAAGCUCUGUUUUAAUUAGAAUUUGUUAAAAUGAAUAAAUAACGAAUAACUUUCCAUAAAACCGAAACCACUAUUUCAAGAUGUCAGACAAAAAUAACAGUAGUCUGCUAGUUAUUAUCUUGGAUACAAAUCCAAUAUGGUGGGGUCAGACAAACUCAAAAUCUGGAGCCAAUUCCUGUUUAUCCACAUGUCUCAACUCGGUCAUGGUGUUUGCUAAUUCUCACUUAAUGUUCAGUCAUUCUAAUAAACUGGCAGUUAUAGCUGCUCAUACAAAUAAAAGUUGUUUCUUGUAUCCAUUACCGAAAGAACCAGUCACCAUUGAUCCCGUUGUAGAUACAGAGAAUGAAACAGAAGAAAAUUCAGUAAAAGUUCCACAAAUUGGUCAAAAUGAUGGAAAAUAUGAAUUAUUUGCCCAGUUUAAUGAAACUAUUAAAUCUGAAAUUCAAAACUUAAUAUUUAAUGAUAAACUUGAAGGUGAAUUGUAUUCAGAUUCCUUAAUAGCUGGAGCAAUGUCCAUGGCACUGUGUUACAUUCAUAGAAUGGAGAAAGAGGCGUCAGUAGGAGAAGAUGUAUCAUCUAGAAUUCUGGUAAUAAAAGGAUCUGAAGAUAAUGCAGCUCAAUAUAUGAAUUUUAUGAAUGCAGUAUUUACAGCACAAAAACAGAAUGUAGUUAUUGAUGCCUGCAUCUUGGAUAAUGAUUCUGGGCUUCUACAACAGGCAUGUGAUAUAACGGGAGGAAUGUAUCUGAAAGUACCACAGAUGUCUGGUCUAUUACAGUAUCUUCUGUGGGUAUUUUUACCUGAUCCAGUAAUGAGAUGUAAACUCACCUUACCACCUAAAGCACAAGUUGACUAUAGAGCAGCAUGUUUCUGUCAUAGAAAUUUAAUUGAUAUUGGUUAUGUUUGUUCUGUUUGUUUAUCAAUAUAUUGUUCCUUUAGUCCAAUUUGCUCAACAUGUCAGACAACAUUUAAAUUCAUGGGACCACCGAAAAUGCUUAAGAAGAAAUCAAAAAGACUAGCAAGCUGAAAAACAUAACAAGUGUACGUAGGUUCAGGAAAUGUUUACCACAUUCGGUUUGUGUGAGUUAUGAAUGAAUGUAGUAAAUGCAGAUAUCCAGUUGUUAUAGCAGUGAACCCCAAUAGCAACAUUACAGUGAAACCCUUCUAAUACUGAAUAGGGGACUUGCUUUAAUGUGGAUUGUAUCUAGUCGACUCUAACAAGCAUAUUAUGGUGAUGCUCCAGUGUAUAUUUAGGGAUGUGUAAAAAAAACCUUUGUAUUGGCCACUCCUGAUCUUGGAAACCAGAAGAAGUGUUGCGAUACAAAUAUCAUUAACUGUCUUCUAGAGAACAAUUUUGAUACAUCGAUACAUGUAACCAGUCGUGUGUAUUAAUUUGUAUUCAUAGCAAUGACUUCGAAGAAAUUUGUCAAAUAUGACACUAUAACACUGAAACAUUAAAUAUACAAUGUGUAAAUAAAGGAGAAAUUAAUUCAAA